AUGGCAUCCCGUGCAACAUUUGGGAGCCCUGCGAGGCUAGCGAGAACCUCAUCAAUCGUUUCGAAUCUGUUUACCACCAGCCAACCUCUCUCACGCCCUGCACGAAGCUUGGUCCAUGCCGCCAAGCCUAGAGCAACGGCUGCGCAUUGCCAGCGGCGACUGUUUAGCAGCAGCAUCGACAGCUCCUCGACUACACCCACAUCUACGUCAAAAACCAGCUCAAAUAAUCACAAUCCGGAGGAGUUGACAUCAAGGAAGCCCGAGGAUGUGGUGGUGGAGGAGGCUAUAGUGGACGAGACCAUCAUAGAAGAGUCUAGUACUCGAGAUGGAGCAACCACAAUAUCACCAGACGCAGAGGCAGAAGAUGCCCUGGAAUCCGAAGACCCAGACGCAAAGCCCUGGUACCUGGAGGUCGAGCCGCCGCGCCACCCGACCCUGGUCCCGCGCGACGUCCCCCUACCCCCGACGCCGGCCGACUCCCCGGCGCUAGUCGGACCGCUGAUCAAGUUCGUGGCCGAGGACCUCGGCGUGGACGACUUUUCCGUACUAGACCUGCGCACCGUUGAGCCGCCGCCCGCGCUCGGACCCAAGCUCAUCAUGAUGUUCGGCACGGCGCGAAGCGAGCGUCACCUACACGUGUCGGCAGACCGGCUGGUGCGGUGGCUGCGGGGCCACGGCGUCACGGCGCACGCCGACGGCCUGCUGGGCCGCAACGAGCUCAAGACCAAGAUGCGCCGCCGCGCGCGCAAGGCAAAGCUCAUGGGCGACACCGCCUGGGACAAGGGCGACGACGGCAUCAGCACCGGCUGGAUCUGCGUGAACCUCGGCACCAUUGGGUGGAAGCCCAUGGCGCCCGAGGAUGAGGUCGUCCGCACCGACGCCGAAGGUCGCGUCACGGGCUUUGGCACCCCGAUCGAGGGCACUACCCUGGUCGUGCAGCUGAUGACCGAGGGCAAGAGGGAGGAGCUGGGGCUUGAGAGGUUGUGGAACGGUGUGCUCAAGAAGAGCGACAGGGACAGGGCGGAGAUUGCUGCUGCUCAAAAUGUGGAGGAGGUGCCUUACUUUCCUCCGCAUAUAAAGCGAGGAAGGCGAGGCCGCCAUGCUUGA